CAGCAACAACAUCAACCACCUCAUCACCUAAUGAAACGAGUCAUCGAUUCCAAAACGCAACAGGAAUGCAUCACAACAUCUGUAUUAUCCCCAAAACCGAAUCAGGUUGGAACGGUUCUCCUCUACGGAAUCCCAAUCGUAUCACUAUACAUCGAAUCCCAAGAACGUCUAUGUCUAGCCCAAAUCUCCAAUACUCUCCUGAAACAGUACAGCUACAAUGAAAUCCACAAUAGGCGUGUAGCCCUAGGAAUAACAUGUGUUCAAUGCACCCCGGUGCAACUAGAAAUUCUACGAAGAGCCGGUGCCAUGCCGGUUAGCUCACGACGCUGUGGUAUGAUAACCCGACGUGAGGCAGAACGUCUUUGUAAAUCAUUCCUAGGUGACAAUGCACCGCCACGUCUUCCCGAGGAUUUCGCUUUCAGCGUCCACCAUGAAUGCGCCUGGGGCUGUCGGGGAUCGUUUCUACCGGCGCGCUACAACUCAUCCCGGGCUAAGUGUAUCAAGUGCGCCUAUUGUGGCCUGUUCUUUUCACCGAACAAGUUCAUCUUCCACUCACAUCGAAUAGGACCCGGUGAUAAAUAUGUACAGCCUGAUGCUGCCAAUUUCAAUUCAUGGCGACGACAUAUGAAAUUGAGCGGUAACCCACCUGAGGAGAUAGUACAUGCCUGGGAGGAUGUUAAAGCCAUGUUCAACGGCGGAACUCGGAAACGUCUGAUAAUAUCAAGCUCUUCGAGUGGGAGUAAUCAUGGAGUUCGGAACAGCAGUUCGUUGAGCUCGCCCAAACGACUCAAGGAGUCAACCUCGAUAGGAAGUCAAAAUUUAAGUCCGCCUCUGAUACAUGCCGCUGCAGCAGUAACUGUCGUAUCUGCUGCUUCGUCAACUCCAACCACUACAGCGAAUCAGCUACCCAUUCGUCCGGUACAGCUGCUUCCUAAUGGAAAUGCAGCCUCGUCGGUGAAUAACAUGAAUCCUCUAGCAACUUCCGCGUCCGCUGUUUCACCAUCUUCUGGAGUGGCUUCCACAACACCAACUUCAACGCGGCUUCCGCCACUGUGCUCGGAUUUAUCUAUACCCUUCACGCGCGGCUUCAUGAUGGACUACAUGUGGCACACUCAAACUAAAGCCUCUGCCUUCCAGUUCUCCAACUAUGCCUUGCCAUGGAUCAAGCGUCCCGGGACUUUAUUCCUUAACCAACAGCAUCAAUCCUCCCAACAUCUAGUUAAUGGCAACUCAAUAACAACAUCUGUACCUGCCAUCAGACCUUCUGUAGAGGAGGGUGGAUUCACCAGCACUGAAUCCUCUAGAGUGCAGUCCGCAUCAUCUUCACCGCCAUCAUCGAAAAGUUCACUUCCAUUUUACAACAACUCAGCAUUUCGACCGGUAGUCAACCAUCAUAGCUCACAUCGGCCGACGCAGGGUCGACCAAAUUCAGGAACAGUUCCAGCUAGUACUGUGUAUUUUCUGGAGGACGAUCAACAGACUUCAUCAAGUAGAAACUCUAGGGAUGACGGAGCUAGCGGUUCGGCAACUAUUAAAGAGUCCUUAUCAAGUGACGAUGAAAUGGUGGACAUUGAAACAACCGAGGAUGAUGAGGAACAUCAAAGAAGGAAUCAUCGAGGUAGUGGGAGUAUACACUAUCAGCAACAUAUUGAUGAUUUAAUAACUGUAAAAGUGCCAAAAUCUUCAACACCAACAACCGUUGAUGUAGAGAUCCCAGAUGAAAUAAAUUGCUGGGAUGGUGCGGCGGCGGAGUAUCUCAAGAAAAGGCUUUCCUGUCGAAAUUUGGCCAACUUGCACCCGCCAACAACACCAUCGCCUACCCUAGUCCCCUCACACUCAUCACCAGCUUCGUCGUCAUCCUGUGGAGGCGGAAGUGACGGGAGUAGCGGUGGCGGCGGGGACAUGUUACCCAGAGAUCAUCACCACGGAAUUCUUCGCAUAUCGUCAGCACCAUCCGGACUACUCGACCCGAUGAGCGCAGCGGCAGUUACAUCGACCGGAAGUGCAGCGGCCGCAGCUGCAGCCGCAGCAGCCGUCGCGAUAGCUGCAUUCAGUCAGUCGUCACCGCCAACAUCACCGCCAUUACCGACAACAACGCCCGUUCCGAUUGGCGCCAAGUCCACAUACGACGGGACAAUUUCACCCGUACCACUCACGCAAAAUGCAUAUCAUUGUGAUAAAACGCUGACAAACACUUUAUAUAACAAUUUGAUUCGCAAUAGUAACGUGAACCACGCCAGUAACAAUAAUAAUAUCAACAAUAAUCGGCAAAUCAAAACCGGAAGUGACAGCAGAGGAAGCCCGAAUAGUACCGCGGAUCAAUUGUGUAGUGUUGCCAGAUUGUCUUUUGAUCGUAUGGAGUAUAACAGUUUGCCCCCGUUCUAUCGUCACGAUAUUACCAAGCAUUUUCAAUCGUUCCGACAUCAUGGCGAACAAACUCAAACAAAUGGCGGGAUCGGUUGAGAAUAUUCAAAAAGUUGUUUACAAAUUAUGUAGAUUUUAUUUUCGUUUAUGACGUUACUCUUCUAAAGGAAUCUAAUCUUUUCACUAAACAUUCCUAAAAUACACCAAACAGUUGGUUCUUCUUGUUUAUGACUUAUUGAAAAUGGCGGAAAUUGCGAUUGCGAUUGUUUGUUGAAACUAAAACUAUUAUUACUACUUCUAACCACUAGAAUAGGUAUUUCUCGCUUUAAUUCCAAAAGCAAUAGUUACAAUCGCUUCGAGAGUACAGUAUCCUGUUAAUAAUAACCAAAUAUGAGAAAUAAUAUGCAUAAUACAUAUUUUAGAUUUAGCACAGUCAAUCGAGCUAUUCAAUUAGUUUUUUAAGGUGAAAUAAAAAAGAAAUGGAUAAACAAAUCUUAAGUUAAAGAAAGAUAGAAGUUGUAGACAUCUUCGAAAAGAAAAUAAUAGUCUUAAACGCCCUUGACUAGGGGUAAAAUUAAAAAUGCGGAGGGAAGACAAUGAGAAAACUACAAAUAUAUAAAGAGAA